AUGGUUCGCACCAAACAGCCUCAUUCGACCUUGAGUCCUGACAGUGACUCUCUCACUGACCACAUCAUCGCCUGUGUCGAUCUCCAGAAAGAACGCAUUCCCUUAAACCAUGGGAAGCUCCCUCCCACAUUCGCGGAUCUUGACCGUGCAGUUCGUGAAUGCGGUGGUCUAAUCGUCAACGAUGUGUCUUCUUCCACCAUCCUUGUUGCAACCGAAGCCCAGUACAAGAGACACGGUGCACGUGUGAAAGCGGCAGUUGACCGAGCCUUACCAAUCGUGACAUUCGACUGGCUAGCGGCUUCACUUGACUCUAAUGCUCCUGUCGAUUGCUCGCCAUACCAUCUACACGAUUCGUCCACGUCGAAUGGAUUCCAUUCGACCGCAGCAGGUGAUACGUCAGUCAGCAGCAUCGGCACUCCUGAUGCUUAUGUCAAUAGCGGCAGUUCCUCUAAGCGGUCUAUCAACUCGCUCGAUACCGAUGACGACGGAUCAGAAAACCUAUUGAAGAAGUCGAAGACGUAUCAACCGACACUAGUCCCGGUCGACAAGGAGUACCCUACCAAGAAGUGCAAAGUGUAUCAAGAUGGUGACGGAGUCUUCUUUGACGCGACACUAAAUCAAGUUGACCGCGGAAAGAACUCGAACAAGUUCUACCGUCUGCAGCUGAUCCAGCACGACGAUGGCAUCUACUACACGUGGACUCGCUGGGGUCGGGUCGGCGAAUCUGGCCAGAAAAAGCUUCUUGGUGAUUCGUCCUUGCACGAAGCUAUCACCGAGUUUGAGAAGAAGUUCCGCGACAAGACUGGAAAUCUCUGGAUCAAUCGUAGCGCGCCUUCCAAACCAAAGAAAUACACCAUGAUCGAGGUCCAAUAUUCAGACGAUGAGGCCGAUGAAGAUGGAGCGCCUUCUGCUACACCCGCAUCUCCCUCAAUCGAGAUCAUGUCCAAGCUGCCUAAAGCUGUCAUCCGACUUAUGUCCUUCAUCUUUGAUUUGGACAUUCUCAGCAAUACCAUGGCCGAGCUCGAGUACGACAUUGACAAGAUGCCUCUCGGUAAAUUGUCGAAGAAUACCAUGCUCCGCGGCUACGGCAUCCUACAAAGUCUAUCCGACUUGAUGCAGACAGCCGGAGACGAGCCGGACGCAAUCGCAGUUGAGGCGCUCUCUAAUCAGUUCUUCACCCUGAUCCCUCACGCUUUCGGUAGAUCUACACGGCCUCCCCUGCUAGAUGCGAUGGACAAGAUUCAGAAAGAGAUCGAUCUUCUUGACAAUCUUGAUGACAUACGUGCGUCAGAUGAUUUGAUGACCAAAGCCAAAUCACAGCAAGCCGAAAAGCUUGCCUUGGUAGACCGACAAUACCAGGCAUUGGGCCUCCUGGAGAUGACACCACUCGACCCGGGUAACACGGAGUUCGAACAGCUUGAGACCUAUCUGAUCAAAUCUGCGGCCUCGACACAUAAUUUCACCUACCAGCUCCAGGACAUUUUCAGAAUCCGGCGAAGAGGAGAAUUCGAGCGCUUCGAUGACUCGGUGUAUGGUUACAUGUUCGGAAAAGGCGUGUACUUGGCCAACCUCUCAACUAAAUCUGGCAACUACUGCUUUUCGAGCUCGAGCGAGAACACGGGCUUGUUGCUCCUCUGCGAGGCUGAGCUGGGAACACCGUCUCUCAAGUGCACCGAUGCUGACUAUCGUGCGCCCGAACUUGCGAAAGAGCAAGGAUUGAUCUCCACGCAUGGCAUCGGCGCGACCACGCCACAAGCUUGGAAGGACGCAGGUUGCGUUCAUCCCGACUUGACUGGCGUCAAGAUGCCUGACGUGGAGCAUACUGCACCUGGCGCUUCAGAGACUGGAUACUUGGGACUUCUCUACGAUGAGUAUAUUGUCUACUCAGUCGAGCAGUAA